UGCUUCAAAUCAAUUGACGCGGGAGGAAGAGGCGGAACUAUAUUGCUGUUGUGAUUUGUGAGCUUGCCGGGGAAGGAAGCAGGGGCCAUGGGCGAAAACCUAAUCACCGGUGCAUUGGAUAUCGACACCUUCGACGUAGAAAGUGUUCGGAGUCGCUUGAAGGAGCUCUCCGCGACACUCGACGAUGCUCUCAGUUCCUCAGGGGAUUCUAUUCUGGAGCCAAAUAGGUUAUUGGAGGACUUCGGCCGCAAACUGCUGGUACUCAGCGAAGACCAUGAUGUCGAGGCUUUAGGGCCGGCUGAUUUAGAAGCUUACAUCGAGCAGUUAAAGAAGGAUUUAAAAUCAACCGAGGAGGAAAACGUGAAGAUUUAUGGAGAAAUUGAUACACUUCAAGCCAAAGUUUUAUCAGAUUCAACUAACUUGGGUGGUGAUAUUGACGCGUUGUCAACCUUACUGGACUUUGUUGACUCAAAGGGGUUGUUGUCUCCCCAAGGCAGAGUGCAGACUGAAUCGCCUAUCUCAGGACAUGUUCUCGGAAGACAAAGACGAGCUUCUGAGGAUUAUGAAUUCAAGGUUUUGGAGCUUAGUCAGCAGAUUGAAGCAAGUAGAAGCACAUUAAGUACUUUAGAGGGCCUUCAUAAUGUUCUUAAAAGGUUAGAAACGAUUUGUUCGCUUGAAGAUCUCUUUUGUGGCGUGAAGUGUAUUCAGUUUGAAGACAACUGCAUUAGACUUUGUCUGAGGACGCCUAUCCUUUCUAUUGAUUCCUCAAGGCUCAAAAAGAGUCUUGGCUGUUCCUCACAGCCAACAGGCUGGGAUCAUGAGUUGCUAAUUGAAGUGUCAGACAAAAUGGAAAUCAAGAAUAUUAAGAUAGUCCCUGAUGAUGUACAUCUUGAUGGAAUUAUUAAUGCUGUGAAGUCCUCAAGGUUUUUGCCAAAUAAUGCGAUGGAGAAUACCUUGGGUUGGUUAGUCAGGCAAAUUCAGCAGCGCAUUGGCCUCUGUAAUCUAAGGCGUUUAUUAGUUAAAAAUGCAAACAAACCCAGACGUUUCAUUGUAUACUCUGACACAGAUGAGACAAUUACAAGUCAUUUAGAAGGUGGCCUUGUAGCUUCUGUAAAAUUAUGUCAAGGGUGGCCGCUGUUAAGUAAUCCUCUAGUACUUUGGUCUCUAAAACAUUCUGACAGCCAUUCCAGAAGCUUUCCUUGGAGUUUACUAUGCGAGAUCCAGGAGCAAGCAAACUCUUUGGACAUCCAUACACGCCAUGAACUUACAUCUUUUUUAGAUGCUAUUGAAAUAUUAGUGAUGGAGAUGCAAGCAAAAUAUGCAAACAGCAAUGCGUCCUUCUAAGUCUCUAUUCGGCUGUGAGACAUUCAGGAGAUUCGUAGAGUUGCCCAGCAAGAUCUAAUAGGAGGAUUUCCUGGGUGAAAUGGUCAGUUCUCUAUCAACUCAAAUGAGAUCUCUAAGAAUCUUAUAUUUGGCUUGGUUUUGACUUAUGAAAAUAGUUCAGUCGAAUUGCUGCUAUGAACUUUGCUCUUGUUUAACAAACAAUUCAUGAUGGAAAUUCUAUUUAUUUAUUUAAUUUUUAUUUUUGAAA